UCUUAAAAGAUCCUUGAGGCAUACAUGAGUGGAUCUUCCUCAGACAAGCAUCUAAACACUCAAGCCGCUAUUCAAAAACAGUGCAGUUCUGGCCAGAUGAGACAUUACGGCCUUCUAGAUUUUUGGAAGAGAGUAACGGAGGUUAGGAAUGAAGGAACAAAUCCUCUCGCUGAGCCAAGUGAUGCAGGACCUGCUGGUGUUUGUAAUUCCAUCUCAAAUGGCAACCAGAGUCCCAGCGAUGUCCCUGUGAACGUUGUCUCUUUGAUGCACAGCCAAGCUCCGAGCGCUUCAGGCAGUCAGGUGUCAGAUAGGGACAAAGCUGGUGCCACACUGCUGUUCUCCGGAGUCUUCUUGGGCCUGGUUGGCAUGACAUUCACGACUAUGGGGUGGACAUAUUACAAUGACAGCUACAGCUACGAGUGGACACAGCUUCUGGGGCCUAUUCUGCUGUCGGUAGGAGGUACGUUCGUGCUGAUAAGCAUCUGCAAAUUCCAAAUGCUCUCCUGCCUGAGCUGCGAGCAGAAUAGUGGAGAGAGAACACCUGAAUCGGAGCCUCUGCCACCUCUUUCAGGACCAUCGUUCGUCUUCACUAGACUCAGCCAGCCCAUUACCUUUCACAGGGCCACGGUGGUCCAGUACAUCCCACCGCCCUACACCUCCGUGGUACCGGACCAAAAUCUGGGUCCUAUUAAUGGUCCUGUUAAAAGUCACCAGCCAUUGGAAGUCCCAGUGAGCACACCGCCACAGUAUUACAGCGUUUAUCCAAUGGAAAACCCUGGCUUUAAUUCUGGUGAACACGACAACGCCACAGCAGAACAAAGGGAAAACAGGAAUCGCAGCGUCUCAGAGGAAGAAGAAGAGGGGAGAGCGAGUACACCAGACAGCGCCUCCUCUCCACCUGCAUACGAGGACCUCUUUGCCACCUCCUCAUGUGACUCCUACUCCUGAUCAAUGAAAUACGUUUUGCUAAGAACUUUUUAAAUAAACUAUAUAUGUUUACUGCAAAGUAUGUAUUUGUGUUAAGUAAUUUUGUUAAGGCUGAGACCGGGAGAAUAUUAAAUAUUAAGUUUCCAUAUUUUAAAAUUAUAAGACAUUUUACUAGUGAGUGGACAAAUACUAAAUAUGUUUCCACAUUUGAAAAAUACAGAAUAAUACGAUUUACUUUAGUUUCUAUGUUUAAAGAUUCUUUGACACUUGACAAAUAAUGUGUGCUGUUCUACUCAUGGUAUUUUUCUCAGCUCUCUCGUGUCCUUUUGGGCUCCUGAGAACUUCAUGGCACACGUGAGCGUCCGGUGAGGGCCACAUGGGGGCAGAAAGAGUGAGGAAGUACGACAAAGUUCUUAAUUCACCAACACUGGGGAAGGUGGUGUAUUUUAAAAACGGGUUCGUUUUAAUAACUGAAACUUAGACAAAUUUUAAUUUUAAUCACGUGUCAGUUCCCGUUAUAGUCCAACUGCAAACGCAAGUAUCAACAUUUUCCCUGUAUGUUAAUCAGGUUUAACCUUUUGCAUGAGUAAGACUGUCUGUGGUGCAAGGUUAUUCCGUUUAACUAGUAAAUUGACACGGGUAUAUCUGUCUUUUUAAGAAUUAAGUGGCUAUAUAUUUUCACUUUAUAUAUUUUAUAAUCAAUUUAAAAUUACUAAUAAAAUAUUAUCAUUUGCUAUCAGUCUAUACUACUUAAAGAAAAUACCCUAUAAAAGUAUCGUUCGAUCAAUGUGACCCAAAAGAGAAAAAUCUUUGAAUUAUGAAUUAUGCUUGCAUGAUUAAUUUUUAACUUAUGUUUAUAUUACGUUUUUCAUAUUCGCUAACGCUUAUAUUCUGUCUGCAAGCUUUGUAUCAAACUUUGUUGUUUGUAAUCAAUCAAAACAAUUUGUUUGUAAUAUUCUCUUAUUUGUCUGCUGAAAAAAUAAAGUCAUUUAAAAGUCUGCAACUUGUGCCAUGUG